AUGAGAGAAGUCAUUCGUGUUAGAGACUUUCCUCAAAGUAAAGUACAAGAAAUUUCUGACGCAACAGGUAUAGCAUUUAAUGUUACCAUUGGUUAUUUCAAUGACUCAAGACAUAAUGAAAUAAAGAGAUAUAUACCAAAAGAAUGCGAAACUGUUAGAACUAUUGACUUACUUCUUGUUGAAGACCACUACAUGCUAAAUGAAAGACUUCCAAUGACAACAUAUUUCAUUCGAAACUAUAAAGAAAUUCUCAAAGCUUGUGGUGGAAUGAACAUUGAGAAACAGAUGAAGAUUUAUACAAAGAGAGAAGAUAAAUAUGUAGUUCGUUAUGAUAGAACAACACCGUUAUGGGAUGUUAUGAAAACAUUGUGGGAGUGCAAAUAUUUCGAACCUAUUUCUUAUGGAGAACUUUUCACAUAUACUACUGACUUAUAUAAACAGAACCUUGCACCAUUUAAAGAUUUGACAUAUGCUCCAAAGUAUUGUGUACAACUGAAGAAGAAAGCAGAGUCAAAAGAAGUAAAUAAAGCUAAAUGUAAAUUCAUUCCUGAGCACGUUUUCUUUGCUGACUUUGAGUGUAGUACGGAUGGCUUUCAUAAAGCUUUUAACAUCUGUUAUGACAGUGAAGAUGGUUCAGUGAGUGAAAGCAUUUGGGGUCAAAACUGUGCAACAGAAUUUUUGGAAAGACUUCCUGACAAGAGUUUAAUAUAUUUCCAUAACCUCAGUUAUGACAUAAACUUCAUCUUAAGACACAUGACAGAAGUGAAAGGAACUCCCAUCAUUAAAGGUUCACGAACAAUGCAAAUAACUGGUUUAUAUAAAGGACGGGCAAUUAUUAUAAAAGACUCUUACAGUGUUAUAAAUAAGAAGCUUAAACUAUUUCCUGCUAUGUUUAACUUACAAACAGGACCGAAAGAAGUAUUUCCAUAUAACUACUACAGCAGUGUUUUGUUAGCAAAUGACAACAGAACUG